CCUCUGUAAAUUACUUCCAACACUUAUUUUUCUUUCAUUCAAAUCAGAUCUAUUCUGCAAGGAUGGCUGCAGUGAUGGAUGCUGCUGCCCAGCUAGCAGAGCGCAGUCCUAGUCCUGAAAGUACAGCUCAGGGGGCUGCGAAAUUGACUUUCGACGUUGACCCGAUCGGACCUAUGGAUAAGGCCACGAUCAUUGUCGGCGCUUGCUUCUACGGCUUCACAUUCCUUGUGCUUGUGUAUGCGUUUGUCAACCGCAACUAUGCGCCCAUCCGCGCCAAGAACUUGAUGCUUACGGCCCUGGUGUUUGUUGGUGCCGUUCUGUGGUUUGUAGGCGACAUUGCAACCAACGGACAUGUAGAGUUGAUUGGUGUAUGGUCGAGAUGUAAAGUGUGGUGUCUGUGGUUCCGGGUAUUCUUUGCCUACACGUUCAGCGCCGCAGUUGGAAUCCGUGCAUACGGGUUGUACUGCGUAUUCGUGCUACACCGGCCAUACCGCGGCAUCGGGUUUUAUGCGCCUAUUGUUGGCCUGUUUGUGAUGUUGCUCAUCUUUUGCGUCACCUCCCAGCUUAUUAGCGACGAAAAAACUGUCAUGUAUGUCCCCGAGCUCGAGAUGUGCACGUAUGUGUGGGGAUUCCGUGGCGCUUGCCUGGGCUUGCUGUGGCUGAUCUGGCUGUUUGUGUUCUACUUUGUCUUCAAGAUCCGCAACAUCCACUCGUCCUUCAACGAGCGGUGGGAGUCCAUCAUCUGCUGCACCUUGGCGCUCGGUAUUGACCUGUUUACCACCCUGAUGCAUACCAUCAACCCCCACUACCCGCUGAUCAUGCGGUACCGCGUUGCCAACACGUUCUUCGACUUUUGCAUGGGCAACUUGGUGACAUUGGUCAUGGUUUUCUAUCCCGUCGUUCAGUGCAUCUUCAACCGCGAGGGAUACAAGCGCGAGUGGAUGGCCAAGCUGCAGGCGGACGGGCUGCGCAAGGAGUACAAGGUCUCAACAGACAACCCAUCGACAAGGCGCAACUACUCGGUCAUGGAUGAGGAAGGCGACAGCAACUUCCAAAAAGAACACGGCGUUCUGGGGCGGCCAGAGCAUGGUUAUGUCGAAUGAUGACGCCAACUAUAACUUUGAGUCGCGGCGCGUCCUCUAGCACACAUUGCAGAGAGACCUGCGCUGGGUGCUGCACUGUAUGGCACGGAUACACACAUGCUGGCUGUAUCCUGCAGGUUCUUGCACCCUGGCAUCGAGAGAAACGUCUUCAGCUUCCUUUGAAGUGUUCUUUCCCCCCACCGCAAUAAUUACCCAACUUUCCUUAUUGCCAUGCCUUCUUUGGCUUGUCUUUUAUGACUGUUUGUAUCGCAUAAAUAAAGUCUGGAUCGAC